GGGGCGGGAGUUUGGUUGAGACGGACUUGUGCGGCAACAAGAGGCAGUGGUAAACAGACUCCUGGAAUGGGAGCUCUAAAAAAAUAAUUCAUUUUAUUUAAUUUAAAUUGUGCUUUAAAUCAGAAGUUUGAUAGGAGGCAGAUGAAACUUUCGAAUGAGUAGGUUCAUAAUAUUUUGGAUGAAUAAUCUAAAUCUCACUAAAUCGAUUUUUAUAUAGCUAAUCUGCUAGCUGCAGGAUCUAGCCAGCUAGCUAGCUAGUUACUUUAGCUAGCUAGCUGGCAAAAUGGCUUAAAUCUUGCUUGUGUGCUAGCUAGCAUAUGUAGCUGGCUAGCUGUAACCGUUUAUGUAGCCAUACCGACCUAGUGUGCUGGUUAUGUUUUUUCUUCUUUGCAUAAAUGAAUCAAGUGAAGUGUUUUGAAUGCUAUACUUAAGGCCUUAACGUGGAAAACUGCUAAGCAUUUACGUUAACGUUGGCUAGCUGGCUUGCGACUUGGUUGUAUAAUUUGAUUAUUAAGAGAGGGAGCGGAAAACUGCAAAAACUUUGCGCUGGCGUCUAGUGCUUUUCCUCAGAGUUCAAUAAUUAAAUUGGCUAUUGACUAGCUAACGUUGGCUACUUUCGAUGGGGGUGCGUGGGCCAUCCCCCUUCAGGAGAAGUGUCGAGCAUUGUUUGAGAAUACCGUACAGUAAAGCCCGGUCGGGUUAGCUUGACAAAAAUCGAUAGUUAACGUUAGCGAGCAAGUAGUCUCGUGGUAAUAGUUAAUGCUAUAUUACUAAUGUUAGGCUUUGUUUUGUUCAGUUAAACGCUAACGUUACUGGGCAGCUAUUAUAUUUAUCUUAAGUAGACAUUGUUGAUUUCUAUCGGUAAAAAACAACGUGCGAACAUGCACGUUUUUCUUUAGUACGCAAUUAUCAGCUUACUCGUUAACAAAUGAUGCCUGAUAUUUAACCGAGAAGUAGCGCUAGCCAACAAGAGAUUUGAAAGUAGGUAUUGGUUUUCAUCAGUUACGGCUAUAGCUACAUACCCUUUGCUAAUUGGCUAAAACUAAUAGCGAACAAUUUAGCAAGUCUAAGACGCGGCGCAGUGCUAGCGGCUGAUUGGGGGAGUUGCACAUGUGAGGACGGCGACAUCAGUAAUUGCUGAACACCACCGGAGUCAUGGCCCAGGAAAAGAUGGAACUGGACCUUGACAUAUCUUCACUGACCCAAGGCGAUGGCCAGUUAAGACGAUCAAACAGCGCUCCGAUGAUAAACGGUUUGAGUGAUAACUCUCCGGUAUUCCAGCGGGAUGUUCUUCGGAGCCGCAGAAACAGCACCACCGUUGUGAACCGCUCCACCCUGAUGGUCCCCUCUUCUCCCAUCCGAGCCAGCACCAGACUUCACCAGAUCAAGCAGGAGGAGGGCGUGGACGUGAUGAACAGAGAGACGGCCCACGAGCGGGAAGUGCAGGCAGCCAUGCAAAUGAGCCAGACGUGGGAGGAGAGUCUCAGUUUGAGCGACAACGACUUCGACAAAUCAUCGUCAUCGUCCCCGAAACGGAUCGACUUUGUGCCCGUGUCCCCGGCACCGUCCCCCACGCGGGGCAUUGGGAAGAAGCAAUGCUUCUCGCCAUCUCUGCAAAUUCUGGUGAGCAGCAACGGCCUCAAUCCCAGCCCCAUCCCCAGUCCCACACGCCGCUUCAACAGCAGGAGGAGUCAGAGCCCCAUCAACUGCAUCAGGCCCAGCAUACUGGGGCCCAUCAAGAGGAAAGCCCAGGACGCCGGAGAGAUGGAGACUGAGAGCCAGCCCAAGAGGCUCUUCCAGGGCACCACCACCAUGCUGUCAUCAGAGACGUCCCUGCUGCCUGACCUCAGCUCCUGCUUAUCGUCGGAUCUGCUGGACGGGAGCCUAAGCAGCGUGGGGUCCUCCGCCGGCUCUCCCGCCAAGAUGGACGGGGUCUCCUCCUCCCCCAGCACCUCCCCCUUCACCCCGCUGCAGGACCUGUCGCCCAAGUGAGGCGAGGACGAGGCCUCCGCUCCAUCUCCCGCUCCCUCCUGGAGCUUUUCUUGUUGUUUUUGGAGAAUCUGUGUUUAAAAACAAAACGAAAAAAAAACAACUGAUGCGAUGCGCUAUUUAUGGGAGAAUUGCUAGAACCCCCCCCCCCCCCCCCUUGCGCAAAGGGUGUCCGUGCGACUUUGUGCAUGUUGUGCGUGGUUAUGUGCGUGUCGUGUGAGCGUGUGCGAACGGGGUCGAGGACGAGCCGCUGUGGCGCACGCUGCUCCUCGCGAGUGCACUUCACUAACCCGCGGGAGAGCGCCGCCGUGGAUCAGAGCGGUGGUCGCAGAGGACGUUAGCGCCAGCUGCUAUAUAUAGAACGACUACAAGGUGCUAAUGCCCGUCCCCGUCCAGUGAGCAGAGCUUCAGUUUCCCCCCCAGCAGUUCCACACUGUCACAGACCAAGCUCUUCUCCUAAAAAAACAAAAACAAAAAAACCAGAUUAAACGGCAUUGAGGGGGAGCUUUCUCUUGCUCGAACAUGCUAAAAGCGAUGUUUCUCACGUAGAGACUACUUUCGUGCAAUGCCGAGUCUUGGGUUCAGCGUUUCUCGCUGCUUGAUUGGCAGGCCGGUUUAAAGUCCGUAUAACGGAAGGUUGGGUUCAGAGCUUACCGGAUGCAGUAGUGCACGCGAGUGUUUGAUGCGUUCCAUGUAACAUAUCAGAUUGAAUUUUUGAACAGGAUCCUGCUUUAAGGAAUUGAUUUUAGGAUGGAAUGACAUGCCUUCACAAGGCAUUCCAGCUAUUGAGUAUACAAAGAUGAAAAGUCAGAACUACAUUUAUGUGAAUAUAGUUUUUAACUUAUUUGAUCUUACUUGUAUGGUUUGUAAGUAUGUAUAUAUGAUCGAUUAUUAGCUCUGAAGUGAAUGCAGGCUCAGGGGAUUGGCAUUUUGUUUAUAGAGGUGAAUGGGAAAAUUGCUUGAAAUUCGAAGCACCAUUCUAAAAGUCUGUCGUGUCUGAAUGGGGAAUUUCUAUGGGAACGUUCAUCUCGAAGUCUGAGGUCCGGGAUGUGACUCACAGGCAAGUUUGUGUGCCCUAGUAAGGGCAUUUCAUCUGAUAUGUAUGUUACUGUGGUGAUUUGGUGCUGGGACACUUCCCUGUCCUUUUCAGCUGUAACAUCAGUCCUUUAGUGAGGAGGGUUGAAGGGAAAAUGGCUGCUUUUCACUUGUGGUCAGUGAGGUUAAACCAAGGCUGGUCACCGAUCGUGCUAACGCACCCACUACUGUUGGACAACAAGUGGCCUUCGAACGUCGCACCCUGUCUGUGAUUCAGAACCUCCAUUCUAGACAUGUAUUUUUUUUAGACCGUAGUAAAGAAAAAGACAAAAGACCGAUCUCCUUCAUGGAAUAACAAGCCAGGAAGCCCCGCCUCCCUUCAUCAGCAUCUCCAUGAAGCCACCUGUGAGAACUGACCCCAAACAUUCAGGCUGCUAAUGCUUUGGUGAUGAGACUGAAAUGGAGCUUGGUUUGUCCUUUUCAGUGGCUCAGCUUCUUUUUUUUUUUUUUUUUUUCUCCCCCCUUUUUUUUGGGUACCUGCACUGUAAACAAUACAAUGGACAAGCUGACUGAACAGUAAUUUUCAAGUGUGGGGGGAAAGAACUUAUUUGUGUGAUGCUUCUUUCUUGGAAGUCUAAGGGGAAUGCUUGUUUUUUUUCUUUCUACAUUUUGUGUGGUUGUUGUAAGGAGUUGCUUUAAUUCACAAUGCAAAAUGGGCCUUGUUUCAGGUCAGUCCUGCUGGUUAGAUGUAAAUCUGAGAUUUAAGAUGAGACUUUCUCUCUCCACAUUUAAGCAUUGCUUCUGAUUGUUUCACACUGGGGGAAAAUGCUGUUUUCUACUGAAUCAACAAUGCCUUGUGCCAUUCAAUGAAAUAUAUACAAGAAAACAACUGUAAUUGUGUAAAAAGUCAGUGUUAAUUUGGUUAUAGCAAUUCUUUUUGUUUUUGAAAUUGUUUUAUAAGUCUGUAAAACAUUUCCUUAAGUAGACAUUGCUAGAUUUUUUCCCCCUGAACUGAAGGCAUGUGGUAUAUUGAAAUGUCAGACAACCUGCAAGCUUUCUUGUGUGUGUUGGAAAGUAAAGAAUUCUGUUAAAACCAUUUAUGAUGCAAAUGUGUGUUUUUGUUUGCGAUGAGCUUUGUUCUGCUUUAGUUUGUCAUGUGGAUUUUUGUUUGUGUUCAUAAACGAUAAACAUUG